AUGGAAUUGAUCCAAAAUUAUACAUCAGAUACUGAAUCAGAGAAAGAGAAAGAAGAAGAAGAUAGACAAGUUAAGAAAGCUAAAAAGGGUUCAAAUUUACCAUCACCACCUCCAUUAGUCAUAUUUUCACAAGUUUCACACAUGUCUAAAUCAAAAUUAGCAUCCAUGUAUUUAUCCAUAAUUUGGAAACCAUCACAUUUACAAGUACGACAAUUGGAGCAAGCUUCAAAUAAAAUUAUAUCUCAAUUACCAAUGUUGUCCGAGAAUUAUAACUGGAUCCCAUUAAGUAGAGAUCUACGAAGAAAUACUGGUUUUCAUAUUUCAUUAGGUGAUUUAUUUUAUUUCAAUUCAGUAGAUCAAGUUCAAUUAUUAGAUAAAUUUGAAAAAGGUUUUAGGAAACUAGAUUUACCCAAGGCACUAAUAAGUAAAACUGGUGUAUCGUCCAUAAAUUUAAAUAAGGUCAAUAAUAAGCUAGCUCAAUUAUUAAAUAAGGAAAAAAACUGUAUUAAUCUACCUACACAAACUGGGAAAAUAACAUUAUAUCCUGGUAAAUUACCUAGUGUUUUGUUUUUAGCCAUACCUAUUAAACAAAAUGAUCUGACAAAACAAUUAUUCAAUCAAUUAUCGAAACUAAGACAUGAAAUGAUACCUGAGGAUCAAAUGGAAUAUGAUGUUGGUUGGUUAGAUAACUUACAUAUCUCAAUAACCUCAGGAUAUCAAAAGAAGAAGGCAUUAAAUGAUGAAGAAUUUAACAACGUUAAAUCUGAGAUCGAGGCAAUUGAUUUAGGUGAAGAUUUGAAAGAUAUUGAUAUAAAAGUACAAGAUUUGGAUGUAACUAUAAACGAUGGUGAAAUAGAGACUAAGAAAUUUAAAUUAAUAGAAUAA